AUGAAGUCCAACUUCCUCAUCGCCCUAUUCAGCCUGGCUCUGGCCGCUGUUGCUGCUCCUACCAAUAUUGGUAGCGGACUUGGCAACGGUGGGGGCGGUGCCUUGAGCGGAGGUGGCGGUGGCGGCGGUUCCAUUGGCGGAGGCCUCGGGGGUGGCUUUGGGGGUGGCUUCGGUGCUGGUUCUGGCCUUGGUGCCGGUCUUGGUGCCUGUGCUGGCAAGGAUGACUGA